AUGGAUCUCAUUGAAGACGAAAGAGCCAGUCUCGAGCGUCAUCUUCUGAAAACCGCCGAAAUAAAGAAGAUCAAAAAACUAGGAAUUCUUUGUGUUAUUGCUGGCUUCUUUUGUAACUUUACCGUCUUCGGUGUGAGUUUCACGUAUGGUAUUUUCCAGGAAUUCUAUCUCUCCAAGAAGGGACCGUUAUUUGGAGUAGAGCCAGCCAAGGUGGCUAUUAUCGGAACCAUUGCGACUUCAAUCACUUAUAUGGGAGGUGCUCUUCAGCCUCAGAUAAGAAAGCAUUUCUCUUCGUUCACCUCGAUGUUUAUUGGAAGCAUUCUUUUGUCGUUUGGUAUGAUCAUUGCUAGUUGGUGCCAUGAAACAUGGCAGUUUGCUAUGACCCAGGGCUUAAUGUUUGGCAUUGGAUCGUCCUUGGUCUACAUGCCUCCAAUUGUAUAUUGCCCACAAUAUUACGACAGGCACAGAGGAGUUGCAAUGGGAGUUGUGUUUUCGGGCACUGGGUUUGGAUCUUUGGUUUUUGCAUUUCUUUCAAGAGCUUUGAUUACUUCCGUUGGAUGGAGAUGGUCACUUCGUAUUUUGGGGUUGAUAGCCUUGAGCAUAACGAUGACUUGCAGUUUUUUCGUGCAACCACAUCCAACCUACCAAACGUCUUCUCCUGUGGUGCGUUCUGAUUUUCAAGUGUUCAAAUCAUGGGCAUUUUAUCUGCAAAUGCUUUGCAGUUUGUUCCAGUCCAUGGGCUACUUGAUUCCUCUCAUCUACAUGUCCACGUAUGGAAUUACGCUUGGAUUCUCCGAUAAACAAGGUGCCACCUUUAUUGCAAUCAACAAUGUUGUCAACGCCUGUUCCAAGAUCGUUUUGGGCCAAGGUGCAGACUACAUAGGUCGGCUCAACAUGCAGCUGAUUUGUUGUAUUUGCAGUGCCAUAACUGUGUAUGCGUUGUGGUUGGUUCCACAACGAGCCACAUUCUUGGCAUUUGUUGUUCUUUAUGGAGUUGCAUCUGGCCCAAUUAUAUCUCUUUUACCGUCGUGCUUAACAGAGGUGUUUGGGAUGGAAGUCUACUAUUCUGUGUCUGGAAUGUUAUACUUGUUCCGUGGAGUGGGAAAUCUUUUGGGGUCACCUUUGGCUGGUCUUUUGAUUGAUAACAACUCAAGCAGCCCAUCUGGCUACUUUAAUGCAAUCCAGUAUACGGGAGCCACUUUGGCUUGUGCUUCGAUAUUUUCCCUUGCAUUUACGGCUGCUCUGCGUAUUGACAAACUGCGGAAGACAAAAGAAGAAAAGUAG